AUGAAGAUCUCCGCAGCUGCCCUUGCUGUCAUCCUCUCUGCUGCCACCCUCUGCACUCCUGCAUCUGCCUCUCCAUAUGCCUCGGACACCACGCCCUGCUGCUUUGCCUACAUCUCUCGCCCACUGCCCCGUGCCCACAUCAAGGAGUAUUUCUACACCAGUGGCAAGUGCUCCAACCCAGCAGUUGUCUUCAUCACCCGAAAGAACCGCCAAGUAUGUUCUAACCCAGAGAAGAAAUGGGUUUGGGAGUACAUCAACUCUUUGGAGAUGAGCUAG